UCCUUUGCACACCGGCUUUCUGCAUCAACUAAGAAGGACCAUGUCUCAGAUGUCGGUACCCUACGACUAUUUACGACUGACUGUCUGUGACGUAUCCGGAAAGUCCAGAGGAAGAAUUCUUCAUCGCCGCCAUGCCGAACACGUCUGUAGAACUGGGGUCACUGUAGGAGUAGGCGUUCCUGCGUCACUGCAAAGGGAUUUUGGCUUUGUAAUCAUUCCCGAUCUCAGCACAAUGAAAGCUAUUUCCUGGGAUGGUGGGGAACAGUUCAAGGUCGCUGAGGUCAUAUGUGACGCGUAUUGGUUGAAAGACAAGACUCCUGUUAACUGUUUUCCAAGAUAUGCUGCUAAACAACAACUCCAACGAUUGGCCAACAAUGGGUAUACGAUUUUGUCAGGAUUCGAGAUGGAAUACAUGUUGUAUUAUAAAGACCUACCUGCGUCGGGAAGAUGGCGAAUGCAUCACUUGGACCACACAAAACACAGUGCAUUUCUUUACGCCUUAGACAAUGGCAUGCAUAAUGCAGGUGUUGACGUUGAAAACUUUCAUACAGAGUGGGAUGCUGGACUCUUCGAGGGAGUUUUAAAGGCAUCCAAAGGCAUCACAGCUGCUGACUGGGCUUUUACCUUUCGAAGUGGAGCUCUUGAAGUAGCAACUAAGCACACAGAUUAUAAAGUCAGUUUUUUGUCCAAGCAAAAAACAGGUGAAGUCGGAAUGCAUUACAAUCAUUCGGUGUUAUCGAUUGAAAGUGGUGAAAAUAUUUUCAGUGAUUCCAGCAAACCCGAUGGUAUAUCUGAUUUUGGAAGAUGUUGGCUUGGUGGACUGCUAAAACACUCUAGAGCUCUCUCAGCUUUCUGGUGUCCUACAGUAAAUUGUUAUGAUCGAUUGCACCGCCCAAGGAGACCAAGAACAAUAAACUGGGCUUUGGAAAAUCGUCUUUCGUCUUUUCGAGUUAAAGCAGAUACUGAUAAACAAGGCGUCUACUUUGAGAACCGCAUUCCAAGUGGGAGAAGCAAUCCGUAUCUGACUCUUGCAGCGACUAUAGCUGCAGGUUUAGACGGAGUACUCAAUAACCUGGAUUGUCCUGCUCAAUGUCCAGACACAGAGGAGCCAGCUGCUAACUCCAAAUCAGCCAAUACUCUACCAACCACUCUACCCGAGGCACUAUCUGCCCUCCAGGCAGAUUCUGACCUGGUCAAUAUUCUCGGAAAGGAGCUGGUGGAAUGGUUUCUCGUAGUUGCUAAUCGAAACAUUCAGCGAUGCAACUGAACAAUGUCUUC